GUCGCGAUCGGAGUAGGACUAUACGCGAGCGAGAGUAAAGCGGGAAUUUAGCAAUCGGCCGGCAGCCGCUAGCUUGGCUUGGUUUGUCGCUGGUUAUCGGCGUAGCGACGUGGACCAAUAUUCAAAGCUUCGUUUUUUAUGUUUUCAUUAGGCUGUUAGAAUGUGUGGUUGCACCAGGAUCCUCAGAGCAUACAAGCCGCUUCCUCAGUCAUGGCACCUGCGGCUGUACAGCUCUUCCUCCACUCCCCCCACCAUCCCCGGAGUGCCAUAUAAGAAACUCACUGUAGGCAUACCUAAAGAAAUUUGGAAUGAAGAAAGAAGGGUGGCUGUUGUACCAGCAGUAGUUAGCAAAUUAGUAAAGAAAGGUUUUAGUGUUAAUGUUGAAGAGAAUGCUGGAUUUUCGGCCAACUUCAACAAUAAGUUAUAUGAGGAGGCUGGUGCCAAAAUUACCUCUACAAAGGAUACAUUCCAACAAUCUGAUAUUGUUCUAAAAGUCCGUCCACUUUUAGAUAACGAACUUCCAAAUGUAAGGGAUGAAAGUACUUUAAUAUCAUUCUUAUACCCUGCACAAAACCAAGAUUUAAUCAAGAAGCUUGCUGGCAAGAGGAUUAAUGCGUUUGCGAUGGACUGCGUGCCGCGCAUCAGCCGCGCGCAGGCGUUCGACGCUCUGAGCUCCAUGGCCAAUGUCGCCGGCUACCGCGCCGUCAUCGAGGCCGCCGCCAACUUUCCCAGGUUUUUCUCUGGUCAGAUGACAGCGGCGGGACGGGUGCCGCCGUGCCGCGUGCUGGUGGUGGGCGGCGGCGUGGCGGGGCUGGCGGCGGCCGCGCAGGCGCGCUGCAUGGGCGCCGCCGUGCGCGCCUUCGACACGCGCCCCGCCGUGCGCGAGCAGAUCGAGAGUCUCGGCGCGCAGUUCAUAACUAUGGAUGUUAAGGAGGAUGGUUCAGGAGAAGGUGGAUACGCCAAGGAGAUGAGUGAAGAGUUCCUUAACGCCGAGAGAGCCCUGUUAGGAAAAGAAGCAAGAACUUCUGAUGUCGUUAUAACUACUGCUCUCAUCCCCGGCAAGCCCGCGCCCCUGCUCAUUUUGGAGGACGCGGUCCGCGACAUGGCAGCGGGCAGCGUGAUCGUCGACCUGGCGGCCGAGAUGGGCGGCAACGUGCAGACCACCAGGAGGGGCGCCGUCACCACGGUGCACGGAGUCACGCACGUCGGGCUCACCGACAUGCCCAGCAGGAUGCCGGCGCAUGCUUCCACGCUCUACGCUAACAAUAUCUCUGGACUGCUUCUUAGCAUGGGCACGAAGGACCACUUCCACAUCGACCUGGAGGACGAGGUGACCCGCGGCGCCAUCGUGCUGAAGGCGGGCGAGCUGCUGUGGCCGGCGCCGCCGCCGCCCAGCAUGGCCGCGGUCACCGCCGCGCCCGCCGCCGCCGCGCCUCUUGACCCGGAACCGCCCAACCCUUUCAAUUACACUCUCAAGGACUCUUUCUUGUAUUCCACAGGGAUGGCUUCGCUAAUUGGCUUGGGCAUGGCAUCGCCCAACCCUGCAUUCACAACCAUGACAACGACACUCGCUCUAUCAGGCGUGGUGGGAUACCACACGGUGUGGGGCGUGGUGCCUGCGCUGCACUCGCCGCUCAUGUCCGUCACCAACGCCGUGUCGGGCAUCACGGCCGUCGGCGGGCUGCUGCUGAUGGGCGGCGGCUAUGUCCCCGACACUCCGGUGCAGUGGUUAGCGAGCACGGCCGCUCUCAUCUCGUUUGUAAACGUGUUUGGUGGAUUCUUGGUCACCCAGCGCAUGCUUGACAUGUUUAAAAGACCCGGUGACCCCCCAGAGUAUGGAUACCUAUACUCCAUCCCAGCAGCGGCCUUACUUGGAGGAUACCUAGUUACAGCUAUGCAGGGCUACCCCGAAGUUCACCAAAUGGCGUACUUGGCGUCCUCGCUGUGCUGCGUGGGCGCGCUGGCGGGGCUCAGCUCGCAGGCCACGGCGCGCAAGGGCAACUAUCUCGGAAUGAUUGGCGUCGCGGGGGGCAUUGCGGCGACGUUAGGCGCUCUGACGCCUGGUGCCGAGGUGCUGGCGCAAAUGUUGGGAGUCGCCGGCAUCGGCGGAUUGCUAGGAAGCACAAUCGCUAAGAAAAUCGAGAUCACGGACCUGCCCCAACUCGUUGCUGGUUUCCACAGCUUGGUGGGCAUGGCCGCGGUGCUGACGUGCCUCGCGACCUACAUGCACGAGUUCCCGGCCAUGGCGCUCGAUCCGACCGCCGUCACGCUCAAGAGCUCGCUGUUCCUCGGAACCUACAUCGGUGGAAUUACUUUUACCGGUUCGCUAGUAGCGUACGGCAAGCUUCAGGGGUCGCUGUCGUCGGCGCCGCUGCUGCUGCCGGGCCGGCACGCCAUCAACGCGGGGCUGCUGGCGGGCUCGCUGGGCUGCGGCGGCGCGCUGCUCGCGCUGCCCGACGCGCCCGGCCUGCCGCUGCUGUCCGCCGCCGCCGUGCUCAGCGGCAUACAGGGGCUCACGCUCACGGCUGCUAUCGGAGGAGCCGAUAUGCCGGUGGUAAUCACAGUCCUGAACAGCUACUCGGGCUGGGCGCUGUGCGCCGAGGGCUUCAUGCUCAACAACUCGCUCAUGACCAUCGUGGGCGCUCUUAUCGGCAGCUCCGGUGCCAUUCUCUCCUACAUCAUGUGCAAGGCGAUGAACCGCUCGCUGCCCAACGUGAUCCUAGGCGGGUACGGCGUGACGAGCAGCGGCUCGGCGCGGCCGGCGGGCGCCGCGCACACCGAGCUCAACGUAGACUCCGUCGCCGACCUCAUCUCCCACGCCUCCAACAUCAUCAUAACACCCGGUUACGGUCUGUGCGUUGCCAAAGCACAGUACCCAAUCGCUGAGUUGGUGGACAUGCUUAAGAAACAAGGCAAGAGAGUGCGCUUCGCGAUCCACCCUGUGGCAGGUCGCAUGCCGGGACAACUGAACGUGCUGCUGGCCGAGGCCGGCGUGCCCUACGACGACGUGUUGGAAAUGGAUGAGAUCAACGAGGACUUCCCCGACACAGACCUAGUGCUGGUUAUUGGUGCCAACGAUACUGUGAACAGUGCUGCCGAGACCGACCCCAACUCUCCCAUCGCCGGAAUGCCCGUACUGAAAGUGUGGAAAUCCCAACAGGUAGUAGUGAUGAAACGAUCCAUGGGAGUUGGAUAUGCGGCAGUGGACAACCCGAUCUUCUACAAUCCGAACACGGCCAUGUUGCUGGGCGACGCCAAGAAGACCUGCGACGCCCUGCUGGAGAGGGUCAAGCAUCUCACCGCUUGAGCUCCAUCAUACCCGUUACAUCGAAAGUGGACAAUUGCUGUAACUACACCUUAGUUACUGGGGAUGAGAUCUUUACUACUUCAACGAUUAAAGCUGCGACUAUUAUGUGGGACUGAUUUUAAAUUAAUGAAAUGUAUG